CUGUACAAAAAAUAAAAUGGUAGCAAAAUAUUUAUUACUACUACUAUACUUAUCCAUUGUAGCUAUUGAAGCCAAAAUAAAUAUAGAAAUUAAAGCUGGCAGAAUUAACGAAACAAAAAUCACUUACUCGGGACAUGAAAUUGAAAAUGUUAAUGAAGCGGACAUGGAAUUAUUUAAAAUCGAUCGUGACUUCCUCAUGAUAGCCACCAAAUUAUAUCUCGGUAGAAGACCAUCAUCGUUGUUCCUAAAUGGUCCCACUCCGUGGAACGAUCUCUAUGAAACAUACGGCUGGGAACCAGUGAAAAAAGUGCUUACUAUCGAAUCAGCUAGAGUGAAAAGCAUAACCAAAAAACCUAUACAAGUGUUAACCCAUGAAUUCAGCAACGAUUUCAACAAUACCAUCAAAGUAAAUACCGGAAUCAGCCAAUCGCUCACUAACACUCUCACAACGUCUUGGUCUAAAACCAAAGAAAUCGGUGUCACUCAAGGAAUAGAUUAUGCAAUCAAUGUGAUAUUCCUUAAAGCAUCUGGCAACACUGAAUUCUCAUUCACAAACACUUGGGGUAAAAGUGAGGAAGUGUCACAAUCGAUGACUGUUGGAGCUACAACUAAUGUUGAAACAGAAUUAGCUCCAAAUACGAAAGCAAAAGCUAUACUUACUGCUAGCAAGGGCACUCUGAUCGUGGAAGUUGUUUAUUUAGCAAAGUUGAGAGGGAAUGUUGCGGUGAAUUAUCAAAGGAAGUUUAAAGGGCAUCAUUUCUACGGACCGAAUAUAGAUACGCUGAUGAAUAAAGGCGGUGUGAAGAACAGUGUGCGAGUGACUGAGACCAUAACAUUGGAUUACUAUACUGAUGCGUCCUUAACCGUCCAGAAUUAGAUUAAUAUAAAUCAAACAUAAACAUAAUUCUUAUGUUAAUAUAUAAUAAAAGAACUGUAGAUAAUAAUAAAAUUAGUGUAAAUAUUAAUAGAGGUAUAAACUCUCUACAGAUGAUCAUGUGUAUAACCUUAUUUGUGAGUGGAUGAGUC